UCGGAUUUUUGUUCUCACUCUUUUACACAAGGCAAUGAGGCUGUUACUGGUCAGGGGAGGUCGCAACGAUGUGGAAAUUUACGCUACAAGUUUCACUUCGCCCUGAAAAUGGUUGAGUGACUUAAUCCGGCGUACUGCCGACGUUAGCUAAAAAGGACAAGUUAGCAGCUGCUAGCCGAUUGAACCUGUACGUCUGCUCGGUGUCAGCGAAGAUCAGCAGCCUCAGAGGAUGCAAGUUCUUCAAGAUCACUUCUUCUACCAUUCGAUCAACUGUGCAGACAGGAUUUCACAAUGUAGACCUGGAAAUAGAUCUAUGUUUCCAGAGAGGGCUUUGGAUGAAAGACGGAAGCAGUGGGAUGUGCAGGAGCAAUGCCUAAGAGACCGCAUCCUCCAGCAACGCAGACUGCAAGUACAGGACGCAACUGAGCGUUUCCAAAGAGCACAUUUACCCCCUUCUGAGAGGCGCCGACAAUCUUUUAAAAGAAAUGUUGCAAAUAUUGAAGAUGCACUCCAUCAAAUUCAAGGCACCUUGAAUUCGCACACUCGGCAGUCCUCUUUCUUGUCCAGCAAUAUAAACGUUAAUGGAAGCUGCUCCCCAUCUCCUAAGCCACCCACAGUUUCUAAAUCCUCCCACCGCCAAGCGCUUUCUGCUGUGGAGGCCUACACAAAACUCCUCCUGGAACAGAGCAGAAUAGAGAGCGAGCACGAUCACAGUCCACAGGGUAGCCACCUGUCUGAUUCUUGUCUUUCUGAGAGCCUUUCAAGUAAGGAUAGUUUGGAAAAUGAGGAUUUCAACCACCUCACAAAAACUCUGCAGAGUUCCUAUUCAUCACUCUUGCUUGGCACAGAGAGGACCCAUCAAGACCUAAGAAAGCAAAAUGACUUGUGUCAUCAAACAUCAGACCUCUCAGCGAUGAUGCUUCUCGGUGAUAACUUAGUCCAAGCAAAUAAGCGGCAUGAACCAAACCAGAAAAAACUAGAUGAAUCUGGAUGGUGUAAUAAUAAGAUAAAUGUUUCUAAAGCCUCGUGGGAAUUCACAUCUAUUGAACAAAGACUUAAGACAGAGAUCCAGCCUGCUCUGAACAACUGUAAUUUAUCAGCUCAUAGUGAAAAUGUUAGUGCUGACCUAGAGCCCUAUGAGAUGAAAACUCGACAGAACAGCCCCGGUGGCAACAUCAUUAUUGCAAAUAUAGCUGCUCUUGGCAACGCAGCACUCGAUUCUUCCUAUCCUAAACAAGAGGGCCUCUUGGCUCCCAAACAGGAGAGGAUCCAAGAUGACAGACAAUUAAAAUAUCCAACUACAGAAAUUCCUUUGCUUGCCAAAAAUAGCAACAGCAAAGACAUUUUGUUUGGGGAUCCCCCAAAGCCAAAUAUUUUUUUGUACAACAGUACAACAGACAAUUUGUCAAGAGAAAGCGCUCUUCAGCAAACAGGAAAAGAAAACAGCGCUCUGUCAUCUCACAAAGAAUGCAGUGCUUCUACAAACAAUCUCAAUAAGGUUACAAACUCAGACUCCAAUACUAAGAAGCCAAUAAAUACAAAAUCCAUGGAGCAUACCUGCUUGUCUAAUAUUCAGUCAGAUACGUACAAGUGUCUUGAAUGUCCUGAGAAGGAAGUCGAGAAAAUACCUUUGUCAAUAGAGACGUCUGAUUCGGUAUGUGAGGUCAGAUAUAGUAAGGGAAUUCUUAAAAAGCAGUCCAAAUACAUGGAUUCCACUUGUGUGUACGGCUCAGGGAAUUUGAUUUUUGCAAAACAAGUAGCUUUAGCGAUCAGGGAUAGUGUUGAAUUAGCACGGAGAAAAACAAGGGACCUGGAGGGCAAUGACACUGUCAAAAAGAAGCUGCGUUGGUUUGAUGAAGUGCAUGUGGAAAAAGAGAAAGAUAAACAGAACAAAAUGAAAGGCAAAUCCUUCAAUCUCUGUCAACCAAAAAACAACUCGAACGACCACCAGCUAAGCCUUAGUGCGUUCUCAGGGACUCCCAAGACUGGACCCGGCAUGACCCCUGCAGCCUCCACUGGUUAUCAGUUUACAAAAGAAGCUUGGGCAGAUGUUCAAGUCAACUUGCCCCAGCAACAAACCGAUGAGGUCAAGGUACACCGCAACGGCAUCAGAGCCAGUGCCCCCAAGGUCCCUCGGAAAGAGCACUUUGGCAGAGCGGGUCCUGUUUCCUCACGAACAAGAAAGGGCACGGUCAUACGACCUCAGUCUGCCACCGAGGUUAGUCAGAUUGCCAAAACCCAAGGGAAGGUCAUGGUGCCACGUCCACCUCCUCGGAUGGAAUCUGCGGAGGAAAAGACGCCGUGCAUCACCACAAUUCCAUAUGGCAGGGAUCACGCGAGCGCCAUCAACAAACGGGCCAUGGCUGUUGAGCAGGUCCUGAACAAGAAUAACUCAGAGGGCCAUUGCUCAGCUAAAACGCAUAAAGAAAUAACAACAGAAAAUACUGUUUUAGACACACCACUGCCACCGUCAUACGCCUCCCCACUUUCAGAGGGCAUUGUGACGAGCAUGCCCAGUUCAAGUCAUCAGGACACUCACCACUACAGAAGAAGGGGGGAGAAUGCAUGUAAUGAAAAAGACUUCUGUUUAGAUUGUACUCCCACAGAUGAAGAAAUUUCACAGCUCUGGCAUGGCGUCCGCAGUGCCUUAAUGACAAAGGAUGCAAAACUGAUACUGAAAGCACCAGCCCUGGAGAGAGGGCGAGUCUUAAGGAAGCCCUGUACAGAGAAAGGCAGACAGGCUCCUGGCUCAGAGAAUAGAAGACUUCAUCAGAUCUCUCAGCAAACAAAGCAAACAGCAAAGCUGCUCAGAACAUUACCAAGCACUUACAACUCAGCCUUUCCAAAUGAAGAUUUUGAGAGUGCAGCCCAGUUACACCUCGCUGAAGUGCAUGCUAAAGGCCAUCUGGAAGAAAAGGGUAUAGUGGCUGCCAUGGAGACAGUCCAAACACAGACAUCUGGAACAGUAGACCAGUACAGCCAACAGCAGGAGCUCACCAGCAUUUCCUUGGAGGAGAAGAAAAUUCUGCUUUGUCUGGAUCGACUCAACCACCAGCUUCAAUGUGUGCAGGAGCGUGUUGGGGGCAAUACUAGCAUGCAUGGUCUUGUACUUAGUGAUGCACCCUAUACAAGAGAAGUGAAAGCAUCAAACCAUAACAAACACUGUGGAUCCUCGGCUAACAAUCACUCUCGAUACCACCAGAAGUCCUGACUUGAAGCUUGUGUUCGCCACAGCAGUCUUGAGCCCUCGUCGGUGCACUUUAUGCUGAAGCAUGUUGUUGAAACAAGCACUUAUUACAAAACAAGGAAUUGUGUCUUUUUAAGUAACUAAGGAUCUGAAAUAUAAACAGCCUUGAAUUGCAAAGACAAAAAAAGACAUAUCAGCAGCCUUAGAGCACACUUAAGCUACUGACUAUCAAGCAAUCUAAGUCUGAAGUGCCUAUUUAAAUGAGAAAGGCUUUAAUCUGUUUUAUGUUACAAAAUGCAAAGAUGCUCUUGUUUCAAUCAAUACAUGACCAGCCCUGACUGCAAAAUAUACAAACACUAUCAAAUUGUAUAUGUUAAAUGUUUAAAGGUGUACCAUUCUGUAUUUAUUUUGCAUAGUAACACUAUGACUUGGUGGACUGUUUUGCAGCAGUUCAGCAGUGAACUGAAUAAAUGUUGUUGACAGUUUGCUGAUAAACUCUGUGUUUGGCAGUGUUACAAUCAGUGAAUUGACCGAGGCCUGGAAAUGGUUUAUGAAAUGUUUUGCAGCGUUGAAGGUGUGUUUGUCUUUCUUUUAUGGCUGUGGAAAAGAUGAUUAUGGCUACUGGACUCAACCUACUGGCUUAACAAGCCGAGCCUCUACAGCGAGGUUUCUGCAGGUUUUUCUUCAGAUUGCACCUAUGCUGAAUUUUAUUUUUGCUUUAAGGCUUAAUUUAUUUAAUAUUGCCCUCAAUCUAUAGUAACAUCAAAAGACAAAGCAUGCUAUUAUUUGAUACUAGUUGUUGUUUAAAGUGUAUUUAAUUAAAAACUUCUCUGUCUUCCUUGGCAAACAAUAGGUUCAUUGGGGGAAGACGCUGUAGGGAUUAUUGAUGUGAGCUGCCCCUCCUUCUCUGGCGUGUCUGGGUUUGUCCCUCUGUCAGCCUGCUAGGACUUGUUCCAAGAGCUGAAGGAAGCCCAAGCUCAUCUGAACAAUGAUGGGACUUUUUUUAUAGCUUAACUGCAGGUUUCUUUGGUGCUCCAAGAAGGAGCUAUAAACGGUAAUGUGACAAUGGUGUCUCAUUGCCACAUCGAGUCGUGCAUCACCUCCUUGUUAGCUUACACCAAAACUGAGAACAGCAACAGAGGGAAACAAUGUAUUCAUUUUUAGCAUAUGAUUAUGCCCACAACAGCAGAUGCACUUUGACUCGUUACAUUUGAAGAGAUUCUCCAGUAAAACAUACAAACUGUCCAAUGUGGUUAAUUGACAAUGAGCGUCAGUGUUAUUUCUACCCAGUGUGCAUGAGACGAUUAUAAAGAGAAGAAAACUACUUUUAUCUGAACUGAUGCUGAUAUUUAACAUAUUUGAGUCCUACCUAUUAACAAGAAACUGUCUAGUAAUGAUACUUAGACUGCCCCAAUAAAAAAGGGGGGAAAAAAACAACAUAAGCGUGCACACAAAUAAACACAAUCAUGUAGAAUAAGUGUUCGUGUUCAGAUAAAUCACUGAAAUUCUGAAUAUUCUGCUGUAGGUUUGCCCUGAAAUCAGUUCCGUUUGGCCUGGCACCAUUAUUGUUUACAGCCAUUAUGCUAUACAAUGGUGAGUGUAAUGAGCUUUAAGCCUUAACCAGCACAACACCCAGAAACUGAACAAGAAAAGGCAAGAGUGCUGAAAAUAAGGGGAGACAUUUUCACAGAUGCAAGUUCAAGCUUGUGCUUUGGUCUGUUGUGAAGCUUAAGCUGUCAAGUAUUUUGUCUUCUUUUGUUACAGUCCAUUUAACAUGCAAUGAUUGAGUGUCUGGAAAAGCAAUAUUGCAUGCAACAAAAAAUGACCGAAACAAACCUUGACUUUAAAAAAAAUCUGAAUAUCUUUUGUAAUAAGACAAUAUGCACAUGGAUGGAAGGUUGGAAAUUGUGUUUUACGUGUUUAGAUCAAAUUUGUAAUGAUAACAAUGGUUUUAAUGCUCAGAAAAUGAGUGAUAGCUAAGAUUUAUGCAUAAAUCUGAAAGAUUGUAGGCAAUAACAUAGUUGUACGUGGUUUGUUCAUGUUUAAAGGAAGUCAGAAAGGAAGGGAUAGACACUGCAAUAGUUUGUUUAUUGGGAUAAAUACCGAUUGUACACUGCAGGGGGCGUGCGAGCCUUCUACUCACUUGACUGUAGCAACAGUGUGUCAACAUAUCUGUAAUAGCCAAACAGAAGAGCAAAGCGCUUUACACAAAGUGGACUCAUACAGCUACACUUUCGAUCACAGGUUGAUUCUGCUUUAUAGCGGCCAUAUAAUCGUUUCUAGUAAUAUCCAAUCGAGAGCAGUGAGGAGGAUGGAAGGCUUACAAAAAGUGACCAAACUCAGCGUGGUGGGUGGUCCUCUCGGCGCUGCCGGGACACUGCAGUCCAUCUCUUUAAUGUGUCUGACUGCGUUACAAUGAUGUGAAAAUGGCCACUUUCAUUGAAACAAUGGACAUUUUUUUUUUGACUGGCAGCAUGUGUGCAAAGACUGUUUCCUUCAUUCAUCAAAUUAGAGCAACUUUUAAAACAAUAAUCAAGUAUUUCACAAAUAUUAAAAGUUCUCUCACUGUCAGCAUUUUACUAAUCAUUUAUUAGACACAUCAAAGUUUAGCAGGACAAACAUGAAUUCCUACCAGUAUGGUGGAUUACAGCGAUGUUAAAUGUUUCUAAGAUUUUGAAGGUGCAGCAUUGUUAAAAAGUAUUAUCUGUCCAAAAGCAUGUGGGUUGAGUGUGACUCUCAGUCUGUUAAGGAGGUUUACAGUGUCUGUGGAUAUUUAAUAGAUCUUCAUAAUGAUGCAUUCAUGGAUGUAUGGGAAAAGCUGAAACAGAGCCUCGAUAUCCAAAGAGGGUGGAUCUUGACAAAAUGAUUUCUCAAUGGGAGAGGGGCUGCAUUAGCAUAACAAUUGUGGGAACUGCAUGGGUCUACUUUUCAUAAGC